AUGGGUUUCAGUUCGCUAGUGGAUCGCCAAAAGGCAUUGGGCGACAAAAUCAAACAAUUUAUUGGUAAUUGCAAAAAAGCUGGAAAACCUCGCAGAACUUCUCAAUUCUAUACAGACAAGAUUCAAGAAUUGCAAAGAUUGGGUGACGAAUAUCAUGAAAAUCAUCAGGAAAUUAUGGCUUCAGUGGACAAGGUUGACGACCAUGAAUACUUGGUGAACAAAGAGUAUCAGAGUAUUCUUAAAAUGAUUGUCGAUUACAACAAGGUUCUAGAAAUUGAAGCAAUAGAGCUAGAAAAAUCAUCUUCAGCAAGCAAUGGCACAACAAUUGAGCAAAACAAUCAGAUAAAUGAUUCAAACAUUCGGAAACUACUCCGAAAUCAGAAGGCACUCAUACGUGUAAUUGAAAGAACGAUAGAAGGAAUCAUGGUCAACAGGCAAGUUGAACAACCAUCUACAUACUAUUCUAUAAAGGCAGCCAGUCUUGAAGGAUAUAUGGUCGAUUUAACGGCAAAUAACACAACGUUAUGGGAAGCUACCGACGAAAGCAUCAUUGAGGACUACACACUGGAAAUGUUUUAUGAACUCGAGGAAAAGGCAGGAGCUGCCAUGAUCGAACUACAGCAACAUUUGCAUAAUAAUCAGACAAUUCGCAACUCAAGACAGACAGAUUGCGAAUUGCCUCUACCAAGAAUAUCACUACCAAAAUUUGAUGGAAACUAUAUGCGGUGGGUGGAAUUCAAGGACUUGUAUAUGGAAUUGGUCCACAACACGGACAUCAGUGACAGCAAAAAAAUGCAUUAUCUGACUACAUCAUUGGAUAACGAGCCAAAGGGGCUAAUUAGACAUCUUCCAGUAGUAGGAGAAAAUUACAAUAUAGCCUGGACUUUACUUACAAGUCGUUAUGAAAAUAAACGACUUCUGGUUACAACACUCCUAAAUAAAUUAAUGGGACAAUCCUCCAUUAAAAGGGAGUCGGCACCAGCAUUAAAAUCUCUACACGAUGUAAGCAAGGAAUGCAUACAUGGUCUCAAGGCUCAAGGAGUUCCAGUCGAACAUUGGGAUAUUAUCCUGGUACAUCUAUUGCUGCGCAAGCUGGAUGCAGAAACUCUAACAGCUUUCGAACAAGGGCUAUCAGACAACAAACGUUUAAUAACCAUUGAUGAAUUGCUAAAAUUUUUGGAACAUAGAUUUCAAUCACUUGAGGCUAGGGGAAAAGGAGAAUCAUCAUUCACUCGAACAUGUGCUUCAGCUACAAAAUUUGGUUUAAGUAAAACCUGUCCAAUUUGCAAUAAAGACGGUCACAUGGUCUACGCUUGCAAAAAAUUCGAGACGGCUAAUCUAUCACAACGAUGGAAUUGGGUUAAGGAGUUCAAUUUGUGUGUGAACUGCCUCAGGAUUGGUCAUCGAGCUGAUGAGUGUAAAUCAAGGCACUGCACUAAGUGUUCUAAAAAACAUAACACUUUGAUGCAUAAUCCAAAGGGGAAUCAAUACACAAAAGGUACUGUUCUUCAAGGAAAUAACUCGACGCCUCAACAAACAGGUCAAGCUUCAGUUUCAAACCAAUCAUCAAAUAAAAUAACUCUUUUAACAAACAAUACCAAACAGGAAUCUAAUUAUGUCUUAUUAGGAACGGCCAGAAUAAGAUUGCUGGCAUCAAAUGGAAGACAAAUUGAAUGCAGAGCAGUAUUGGACUCUGGCUCUCAAAUCAAUCUCAUAACAAACCGCCUGUCACAAAAAUUGGGCUGCAAGCCUAGGCCAACGCUUAUGAGUAUGGAAGGCGUAGGAGCAAAUGAAUCAAAAAUACGUCAUCAAACAAUAAUUCGAGUACAAUCAACGUUGAACGAAUUUGUAGCAGAGAUGGAUGCACAUAUCAUACCAAAAAUCGUUUCAGAUCAGCCAAUGCAGUAUUUGAAUAUCGAAUCCUGGGAUAUUCCAAAGGAAUUAACUCUCGCUGAUCCAGAUUUUAACAAACCUGGCCGAAUAGAUUGCCUGUUAGGAGCAGAGAUCUUUUUCAAGUUACUUAUUGAAGGUCAAAUAAAACUAGCAGGUAGUCUUCCAACACUUCAGAAUUCUAUUUUUGGAUGGGUUGUAGCUGGCAAUGUUGAAACUUUAAUUUCAAGCACGGCAACUUGUGGCAUAUGCACUACUAAGGAACUAGAAGAAUCUAUAUUGAAAUUCUGGGAAUCAGAAGAAAUUCCAGAUUCAACUUCGGAACUCACAGAAGACGAAUUGCGUUGUGAGUCACAUUUUUUGCAACACACUUUUCGAGGAAGUGAUGGCAGAUUUGUUGUAAAACUCCCACUAAAGAAUCAUCCAUCAGUGUUACCAGAUACAAAAGGAAUCGCUUACGAGAGGUUCAAGACAAUCGAGCGCCGUUUCAUUCAAAAUCCUGAUCUAAAGAAUCAAUAUGUUUCAUUUAUGAGGGAAUAUGAAGCAUUGGGACACAUGACAAAAUUCAGCGGUAGCGAAAUAAUAUCUCCCCAAUAUUUCAUCCCUCACCACUGUGUGCUACGUCCAGACAGCUCAACAUCAAAACUGCGAGUUGUAUUUGACGCAUCAGUACACAAAUUAUCAGAGCCAUCACUAAAUGACAUAAUGUUUAAUGGUCCAAAAGUUCAAGACGAACUGUUUUCGAUUUUGCUCAGAUUUAGAAUGCACAAAUAUGUUUUAAAAACUGAUGUGGAAAAAAUGUACCGUCAAAUAUGGGUUAACAAAGAUGAUCGAAAUCUGCAACUCAUAAUGUGGCGAGAAAAUCCCACAGAACCACUUAAUUAUUAUCAGUUGAACACAGUUACUUAUGGCACAAGAGCAGCACCAUAUUUAGCAACACGCUGUCUAACAAAAUUGGCGGAUGAAUAUCAAGGAAAUUAUUUAUAUGGCGCCACAUCUUUAAAAAGGGAUUUUUAUGUUGACGACGGUCUAAUAGGAGCUGAUACCAUCAACGAAGCGUUACUAAUUCAACAACAAUUAAUAACAAUUCUAGACAAGGCUGGAAUGAAACUAAAAAAAUGGUGUGCAAACAACCCAAAACUUUUACAUGGAAUCGCUACAGAAGAUCAAGAAGUAAAUCUCAAUUUUGAUUCCAAGGAAACCCAAUUCACAAAGACGCUGGGUCUUUUAUGGUUACCAAAGUCAGAUUCAUUUCGUAUCAAGGUUAACAUUCGAGACCAUAGUCACACAACAAAACGAUCUAUGAGCUCCGAUUUGGCACACAUAUAUGACCCUUUGGGUCUUAUUGGUCCAAUCUUGGUCACCGGUAAAAUCUUGUUGCAAGGAGCAUGGCAGCUAAAACUCGAUUGGGAUGAUGAUCUUCCGUCAGAAAUACGUAAACAAUGGACAUCGUAUAGAGAAGAUCUGGCCUUGUUGGACAAUGCAACAGUUGUGAGGCACGUAUUCAGCAGUCAAGGCUACAGCCAUGUUGAGCUGCACGCUUUUUGUGACGCCUCAGAAAAGGCUUAUGGUGCAGCAGUAUACAUUAGAACAGUACAAAAGGAUAAAACGAUAAAACUUAAUCUACUAUGCUCCAGAUCUCGUGUAGCACCCAUAAAAUCUCAAACAAUUCCACGACUAGAAUUGUGUGCAGCGUUGCUAGCAGCAGAACUCAUGGCAAGAGUUAAACUUGAUUUAGGCUAUCAAGACAAAGCAACUUACUUUUGGACAGAUUCACAAAUUGUGCUUUCCUGGAUAAACAAUCAUCCAGGCAAAUUACCCGUUUACGUCGCCCACCGAAUUGUAAAAAUACUUCGGUUAACAAUUCCAGAACAAUGGCGUCACGUCCCGUCAAAACAAAAUCCGGCAGAUAUUCUGUCAAGAGGGCUUAAACCGCGGGAAUUUUCAUCUUGCUACAUGUGGUUAUAUGGUCCACUAUUUUUAUAUCAGCCAAAGCCGCUGUGGCCAGCUCCCUUCAAAAGGGAAUUAAUUGUUGAAGAUAACACGGUGGUGCUUGCUUUAUCAACACAACAACCUACUAAUGAGCAUGCAUGGGUCUACUCGAUUCAUUCAAGAAAUUUAUUUACUCAUGUCCAAAAGGUUGUUGGAUAUGUACUUCGUUUCACAAAAAACGCACGGAAACCAAAAGAAUCAAGACCAGAGACCAUGCAGCUUUCACCGAUGGAGCUCGACGUAGCACUUAAGAUAAUAAUACGUCAAAUCCAGGCCUCCGAUUUUUCUGAUCUAAGGAAAAUGCUAGUUAAGGACGAAUUUGUGCCAAAAACUCAUAACCUCAGUUCACUAACUCCGUUCGUAGAUGAAGAAGGGGUAAUACGUGUUGGCGGACGGCUAAGCUCUUCAACACUGCAAUUUGAUGCCAUUCAUCAAAUGAUUUUACCAAGCAACGAUCCACUAGUAAAGUUGUUGGUAGAAAAAAUACAUAAAGACAAUUAUCAUUGUGGCGCCCAAGCAUUGCUGGCACAAGUGAGGCAGCGUUUUUGGCCCCUCAAAGGAAAAAGCUUGAUGAGAGCUGUAAUACAACAAUGUUUAAGAUGCAGAAGAGCAAGGCCAAUUGUGUACCAUCAAAUCAUGGGACAUUUGCCUGGACACCGUGUGCAACCAGCUCGACCAUUUCUCAGCACUGGAGUUGAUUAUUGUGGCCCAAUAUGGGUUCAUUACAAAACAAGAGGCAAGCGUCCACAAAAGGCGUAUAUCGCUGUCUUUUGCUGUUUUGCAACCAAGGCCGUACACUUAGAACUUGUGACUGAUCUGACCACAGAUGCAUUCAUUGGAGCAUUAAAACACUUCAUAGCAAGACGAGGACGCUGUAAAACGUUAUACUGCGACAAUGCGACCAAUUUCGUUGGAGCGAAAAACAAGUUGCAGGAACUUACUGACGUCAUCUACGCUGAUCGAGCGAGGGAAUCAAUUGCAGGAAUGUGCAGUACGAAAGGCAUAGAAUUUCACUUCAUUCCACCAAGGUCACCACACUUCGGCGGGUUAUGGGAGGCAGCAGUAAAAUCUGCCAAAUAUUUGCUGGUCAAAAAUGUUUCAACAGCAUCACUUACAUAUGAAGAGCUUGAAACUGUCGUUAUUGAAGUUGAAGCAGUGUUGAACUCGCGACCCCUUAUUCCUAGCUCAUCAGAUGCAAACGAUUUGAACGCAAUAACUCCAGGUCAUUUUUUAAUAGGUGAAGAAAUCACUUCAAGCGUUGAUGUGCAUGCACGUGACUCUAAAGAAAAAUUACUUAAACGCUGGCAACUGGUAUCAGAGCUAAAACACAGUUUUUGGCAGCGCUGGACUAAGGAGUAUCUAAGCGAAUUGCAACAGCGCCACAAGUGGAAGGGUCCCAUCACCAACAUACAGACCAAUACGAUGGUAAUCCUUAAAGAAGACAAUGUCCCAGUUCUGCAAUGGCCUUUAGGACGCAUCAUCAAAGUUUACAAAGGCGAAGAUGGUUUAGUGAGAGUUUGUGACAUUCAAACAAAAAAGGGAGUAUUUAAAAGACCGGUGCAUAGAUUAGCUCCAUUAUUUCCUGAAGACGAUAAAUUAGAAGAUCCAACAUUUGGAAAAAUGACUGAAAGAAAAAUCGAAUCAGAACAGACUCAAGAAACUCCAACGUCACCUCCCGUGUCGCUUAUCGUAAAAAUUCCAUUAAAUCGCAUCAGAAAGCCUGAAUCAUUAGUCAAUGGGUUAACUCCGACAAAACGAUCAUGUCUGAAUUCCGGGUUGCUGCUCACCAUUAUUACUCUACUCAUUUUGCCACUUGCACUAUGUAGUCCCGUCAAUAUAACAACCUUCAACAACAAACCUGGCAUUUAUUUUGAGCAGCUUAAACCAGUCAAAAUCAUGUCUGCUGAUUGGAAAAUGAUUGUAUAUUUUGACCUUUCCCCAUACCAACAACAAAUGAGCAUUUUAGCUGAUGGAACAAAAAGGUUGAACAAUUUAUGCGACAAGGCAUUGGAUAACACUGCCUGCAAGGUAUUACUCAACUAUUUUGACCGUAUAACGGAGGAACUGCAAAUGGAACUUAAUCUUCUUUCUGUUAGAAAAAGAAUAACAAGAGGAGCUAUAGACAUUGUCGGAAAUUUUGCAAAUUCAUUGUUUGGUGUCCUCGACUCAAACUACGCGGCACAAAUGUCAAGCACAAUAAAUGGUCUUAAAAGGAACGACAAUCACCUGGAACAACUCGUUAAAAAUCAAACGUCACUUGUUGAUUCAACUAUCAAUAUCUUUAAGAAGAAUCAAUUAAACAUGCAUGACAAAUUUGAAGAAAUUGAAAGGCGCAUCAAUAACUUGUUGUAUACAGAUGAGGCAAUAAACGACAUACACGUAACACAAAACAUGCUUAUGUUGUCAAUGCAAAUGCUCAUGAUGGUAUCCAACCUGCAAAGAGUUCACUCAUCAAUUAUGGACGUACUAAUCGACAGUCAUCACGAUAAAAUAAAUCCUCUUCUGCUGACUCCACAACAGCUUAGUGAGCAAAUAAUGAUGAUUAGGGCACAUCUUCCAUCACACCUACAGUUACCUAUCCACCACAAUAACUUACUCGAAGUAUAUAGGCUCAUGAAGAUCAACGGAAUCCUGGCAAAGGGCCAUGUCAUUUUUUGCAUCGACUUAUCUCUCACGGAUCCAAGAGAAUUUCAACUGUUAUAUCUUGUUCCAAUUGUGGCAGCUAUAAAUAACACACUUUUAUCAGUGAAACUUUCAACAGAAUUUCUAGCCAUCAGUCCGCAUCAUGAUGAAUUUCGACCAAUGACACAGCAUCAAGUGGACGCAUGCAUAUCGAUAAGUGACGAAGAGUUAUUAUGUCCAAACAUACAAGCAACAUUUCAUGAAUCGUCAAACGUCAAUAAUUGCCAGAUCUGUGCACCCAAAAACAAAAAGCUUAAGUGUUUCUUGCAAGUUUCCACAACAUCUACAGUGAGUGUUAAAAAGAGGUCGCAAUUUUUCUGUGUGAUUUCCUAUACACCAGUAACCAGAUAG